GCCAUGGAUGACGUGUUGUUCUUCCUUUUACCCCACAAGAUAAGCUUUUACGGGAUAUGAUCCCGAGGACGGCAUUGGUGGUAGUCAUCUGUACAGCACUAUGGGUAGUCGAGGCCGCCAAGCGAAAUUAUUGGCAGGUGAUAAUGUCGACGGCAGUGAUGAUGAUGAUAAGAAGAAGUCGAUGCAUAGGGAUGUCGAGAGGCAAAGGAGGCAAGAAAUGGCCACCCUUUAUGCUUCCCUCCGAACCCUUCUUCCCCUCGAGUACAUCAAGGGAAAGCGUGCAGUUUCAGAUCAUAUGAACGGGGCUGUGAUCUACAUAAAAGACUUGCAGAAGAGGAUCCGUGAGCUGAGUUCCAAGAGAGACGAGUUAAAGAAGCUGUCCGAUUCGAGUGGUUGCGACCAAGGGAUUAGCUCGAACGACGGUCUCACAAGCAGUGCAGUGGUUCGCCAGUCUUUGGAUGGUGUUGAAGUUGUGAUCAGCACCUGUGUUGGAGCUCGAGCUUUGACCCUAUCGAAGGUCCUAAAACUACUGGCCGAGAAAGGACUUGAUGUUGUGAGCUGCGUUUCGACUAGAAUCGAUGGAGGACUGAUUAUUCACACUAUCCAAUCUGAGGUCACUGAUCUGGCAUUAGUCGAUAUACCUAGCUUGCAACAGAAACUGAGUGAAGAAAUUUCAUCCUUGACCCCAAUUUCCUAG